CUAAUGUAAUUAUUGAUUAUCGGCUAUUAUAAUUGUUGGGAAAAAAUUACAAUGCCCCAUUGUUUACGUGCGUAGACAUGUUAAUUUUGAAGUAUUAUUUGACUAACUUUUGAGAACGAGUAACGUUUUCUUCAAAAGAAAUAAAAAGUGUAAAAAAGAAAUGCAUAUCAGGUUGUGUGUGUUUAUCGUGAUACUCCAAUGUGUUCAAAUAGAUGGCAGAUUGGCAAAUCUGAUAAUACCUGAAGAUUUACCAGCCGGAUUCGCAGCUAUCUAUGGAUUUGCACCACCAGUCACUAAAGGCAAUGACCAUCGCUUUGGCUUCGGUUUUCGUUUUGGCAAUCACGCAGACUUCCAAGUAUUGUAUGAAAUUGGACCUCAAACUCAUACUACUACUGCAAAGAUGUCACCGUCGUUGAAUGCACAAUACCGAAGCUCACACCUCCGUCGUCUGGUUUUGCCGCGAGUUCAAUUACCAAUUCUGGAAUUGCUAAAACGAGCUAUCAACAACAAGACUGCCUUCAAUGCGAAUAACAUAGACAAUAAUACUGAAGAAUCGAGAUAGAUUUGUGAAUUUGUGAUAGUUAAUUAAUUGUGGUAAUACCUAGUCAUUUAAGGCUAAAGUAACAAAAAAAUACCAUCAUCUCUUGAGCCU